AUCUUUCAUCAUUCACCUCUUAAUCUUCAGCCAUCCUCAUCACAUUGUCCAUUCCAUCUCCAAUCCAUUCAUAUAAACCGACACCCAGAAGCGAAAAUAUAAUCGACCGGUGAUAAAUAAAGGACCCCGUUAAAGAAGCAAUCUCAUUCAAUAUUUAAUCAAGAUGCCUAGGGAGCUUUUCCUGACGGCGACCGUCAAGGACUCCGAUUUCACAAUGGCAUGCGCCGUCUUGCAGGGCAUGACAUGGAUGUCUGCGCGCCAAUCUAUCCAUCGCAUUCUAUUCUACCAAGGUCAUCCACAACCAAAGCCUCUUAAGAACGUGCGUGCUUUCCAGCAGUCGCGUUACCUACCUCUAUGGAAAGAGUUAAGCAACCAAUUGGCUCGAUCAUCGUACAUUUUACAAGCGGCCUACGAGGUAAUUCCGGAUAGGGAUCUUGGAAAAGGAACGACAAUGGAAUUUAAUUCUUUGCCCGGUUUUUUGCGCUGGACAGAUUUACCUGAUCCCCUCCGAGAUACGCCAGUUACGUCAAGAAAGAAGAUUGAGAUCCCAGAACAGGUCAAUUUACCGAUGGCUAUGAUUGACAACGGUUUCCAGUAUAAGAACGAGAUAAUCCAAGAGAGCCAUUCUUAUGUCAGGGAGAAUAUUGAAUUCAUCUUCAGCAGAUAUUAUCAUCUGCCAGAUUCUCCAGGACAACCAGUGGCGAGUCUUCCUGCGUGGGCGGAUCUUCGCCCAUUAGAUCCAGCCCAGAAAUGGGUGUUGAAUGUAAAACUUAACCUACUCGAUGAUAGUCAACCAGACAAGUUGAAGAAGGCGAGCGAGGAGCUAUUAGCGGUGAAGAUGGAACUGGAUAUAUUAUUCGAGUUCAAGCCUAUCGACCGAAGAGUAUUUGACACGAGGAUCGCUCCCCCUCCUGCGAUCCCCGGGCGUGGUUAAAGCUACUUGGUCGAGAGAUGCCUGCUACGUUAGACGAAUAGAUAAUGAAAUAUAUGAGAUACCCACCGGAAAAGGCAGUAUGUUUCCUUUUAAAUUUGUAACCAAGGAUAAUGAUUCGCAAGGAAGCCCUAUGUUCUCUGAAACUAUAUCAGAGACCCUUUAUAUGCAGUGCUUUGAACUAUAGUGUGAAGCUAGUAGCCGCACUUCAUAGCCAUAGAAUCUUAUUCAUUACCA